CGUUCUCAACGCUGCCCCUGAACCGUGCCGUAACCCGAUCCUCACAAUUUUCGUCGCAUUUUCAGGGCGAUGAGGACCUCACGCGUUGCGAAGGAUACGUCCAAGUACUUCGACACGAGUUCGAGUUCGGCGGCCGUCCUCCCGCGACGUUCGACGCGAUCGUCAACCCUUGCGCGAUUCGCAUACAACGGUGCAAACAACAGCCUGCCAUCCGCCGCUGCCAGUAGCAACAAUGCCGGCAUUGCAACUGCCGAGGUGGCACUCGGUUCCGAUAUCGAAGACGCCGUAAACAUGACGGCGACGCGCAAGCGUAAGCGGACUGCAACGAUAACACAGUCGUUGCCAUCGCGGCGGGCCGCAGCCAGAACGACCAAAACCGAGGUCAAGACCGAGAUCAAGACAGAAGACCAUGACUCGGAGCCUGAGACCAAACCAAAACCCCGAGGCCGCGUCCGAAAACCAGCGCGCAGGACGACAGAUGCGGCCACCGGCGAAAUAAAAGUUGAGCCGCCCUCGGACUGGGAGGAAAUCUACAACCUGGUGAAAGAGAUGCGCCUCACCGGCCCAGCAGCCAAUGCCGCGGUCGACACAAUGGGCUGCGAGCGCCUCGCACGGCCCGACGCCAGCGCGCGCGACAGACGGUUCCACACCCUCGUAGCGCUGAUGCUCUCGAGCCAGACCAAGGACACGGUCAACGCCGAAGCGAUGGCGCGGCUGCAGAACGAGCUGCCGCCGUACGAGCCCGGCGCCCCGCCGGGUCUGAACCUGGAGAACAUGCUCGCGGUCGAUCCGAAGCUGCUGAACGAGCUGAUUGGCAAAGUCGGGUUUCACAAUAACAAGACAAAAUACCUCAAACAAACAGCGGAGAUCCUCAAAUCGCACUACGCCUCCGACAUCCCCGACACCAUCGAGGGCCUCACCUCGCUGCCGGGCGUCGGCCCCAAGAUGGCCCACCUCUGCAUGAGCGCCCCACACGGCUGGAACCGCGUCGAGGGGAUCGGCGUUGACGUGCACGUGCACCGCAUCACCAACCUGUGGGGCUGGCAGUCGCCGCCGACCAAGACGCCCGAGGACACGAGGCGGGCGCUCGAGGCCUGGCUGCCGCGCGACAGGUGGCGCGAGAUCAACUGGCUGCUGGUCGGCUUCGGGCAGACGGUCUGUCUGCCCGUGGGCAGGAAGUGUGGCAAGUGCGAGCUGGGACUGAGCGGGUUGUGCAAGGCGGCUGAUCGGGCGAAGGUCGCGCUGGGGAGGAAACUGAGGAACGGGGUGGCGGUGAAGAAAGAGAAGGAGGAGGAGGAGAUGGUCGAAGUUGAGGUGGAUGGGGAGGGGGGCGGCAGAGUGAAAGUUAAGAAGGAGGAGGCAGAGGUGAAGAUUGAAAAGGGGAAGGGAGAGGUGAAGAUUGAGAAGAAGGAGGAUCUGAUGAAAGUUGACGAGGAGGAAGCGGGGGUGAAGGUCAAAAAGGAAGAGGAGGUAAUGGAAGUUGAUAUGGCGAAGACAGAAGUGAAAAUCAAGGAAGAGGAAGAGGAGGUAAAGAUCAAAAAGGAGGAGGGGAAAAUGGGAAUUGACGUGGACGGAAAGGAUGAGCGUGGAGUGAAGAUUCAAAAAGAGGAGGCAGAGAUGAAGGAUAUGACGGCGACGCUCAAAACCGAGAAUGGAGCGCCUGUGUGGGAAGGAGGCGCGAAAUACGGUGCAGAGGGAGAGGCCAUAAUCGACCUGGAAAAGGUAGAGGAAAUGGAGCUAGACGAAGAGGUGUGCUCCGCCAAUGUCAAAAGAGAAGGGAACGAGGUGAAGGUUGAGAGGGUGUAGAAAACGGGCUGUUGGUGGGCCGGCUGCAGCGAGAUUGAAGCAUUCGUCCGAAGGCAGAGUAGAUGACAACAGAUGGCUUUUGAAGUACAGGACGAAGCCCUCGGUCCCGACCAGGAGACCGCCCGUAGCGUUGAUAUGGACAAGGCGGAGGGGAAAGGUCGUCGGACAUUGUAAAAUACUCACUUACACACUCAUACGAGUUCACUGGUACCCAAACUGUCGAUGCUGUACCUAUUGUCGCAUACCUGGUAGUACAGUUAUUGUACUACUACGUAGUCGCUCUUGGCGCCCGCGUGCUUCGAGUCAUUCAGAUACGAUAUCGGAGCCGUCCC